UUGAAGUGCCGCACUCAGUUCAGAGAGCUGCAGAUUGCAGCUAAGAAAGAAACUGCAAAAGUUUACCUCCUCUAUCAGGCUACUGUCCAAAAAGGUAUAUGUUAUCAUAAAAAAUUUUAUCAAAUUUUGGUGGAUAUUUUAUGUUUAUUAUAUAUUUUUGUUUUUCAGAUGAUUAGUACAAAUAAAAUCACUUAAGUCUACAAUGGAAGAUUAUAACCAACUGAUGCAGCUGCAGCUUUCAUUCAGUGUGAAAGUUGCAUUCUGGCCACAGUGGCAGGAAGUAGCGGUAAUGUGUGAGUGAGGUGUGCCUGCUUAUGUGAAUGUGUGUUUUCUUUUUUGAAGAAGGCUUUGGCUGAAAGCUCAAUGUGCAACAGUCUUUUCGUUGUGCCUGUCUGCAACUCAAAUGUUGUCUUUAUGUGUACUGGCCUGAUGAAACAAAAAUGUCAUCCACUGAAGAAAAUAUAUUUGAUGAAACAUUUGACAUAAACUGCAUAGAUAACAACCAGAGAACAGAUUAUCUGUACAAAUGUAACACUUGUUGUAAGCUGUACAAAUCUCAAAGAAGUUUGGUGAGACAUAUCAGAUAUGAGUGUGGACAACCACCUCAAUUCCAUUGUCCUUACUGCACUGAAAAAAGUCAUCGCAAGUAUAAUUUAGAAGUCCACAUUAAACGUAAACAUAAGCAGUGUACUGGCGUGAUGAAACACAGAUGUCAUCUACUGAAGUAAUUGCAUUUGACCAAAGAUUUGGCAUAAACUCUAUAGAUAACAACCAGAGGACAGAUCUUUACAAAUGCCAUAUGUGUUGCAAAACCUACAAAUUGCAGAGUUCUUUGGUGAGGCAUAUUAAAUAUGAGUGUGGAAAACCACCUCAGUUUCACUGUCCUUACUGCACUGAAAAAAGUCAUCACAAAUAUAAUUUAGAAGUGCAUAUUAAACGGAAACAUAAACAGGUACAAGAGUCACUGAUUUACUUUUUCUUUAUUGCAGUUGUUAAUGCCUCAUGGACUGAAAAUGCCCUGCCAUCUCAGUUGAGAACUACAAAUCUUGGAGCAGCAGGGAUGCAGACCAUGUUACAUGACUUUGAUAGGAAUGAUAAGUUUCACAGAAUGGAGCCAUUUGUUUGCAGCACAUGUGGUAGACAGUACUCAAGAAAAGACUCACUACAGCGACAUGUUAAAUAUGAAUGUGGAGUAGAACCUCAGUUCUACUGUCCAUAUUGCCCUGAAAGGAGUCGUCAUAAAAGCAAUCUUCGUCGGCACAUAAUACUACGUCAUCACUCUAAUGUGCCAUGGUGUGACAUUGUUUAGGAUACUUUGCUUGAGAGGAUUCUGUUUUCCAAUCAUAUCCAUGUUUGUGUUAGACAAAUUAACUUAUGAAUGGUUAUUUGAAAAGUACACUUGAUUG